GGUUAGGAGGCGGAGACCCGGAAACAGGAAGUGAAAGUGGGCAGCAGCCGCACCAUCGAAGAGGCCGUAUAGCUGUCUCCCGGGAACAUGACCGGGAAGUCGGUUCGUGAUGUGGAGCGGUACCAGGCAGUGCUCUCUGAGCUUCUUUUACGAGACGAGAACAAGUUUUGCGCUGACUGUCUGGCUAAAGGUCCACGAUGGGCCUCUUGGAACAUUGGCGUGUUUGUUUGCAUCCGCUGUGCUGGGGUCCACAGGAACCUUGGAGUUCACAUUUCUAGGGUAAAGUCUGUCAAUUUGGACCAAUGGACUCAGGAACAAAUACAGUGCAUGGAAGAAAUGGGUAACGGCAAAGCAAAGAGACUCUAUGAAGCAUUUCUUCCAGAUAACUUCAUUCGGCCUCAGACAGAUCAAGCUGUUGAAGUUUUUAUUAGAGAGAAAUAUGAGAAGAAAAAAUACAUGGAUCGCAGAGUGGACCUUAGUGCUUUUAGAAAAGAGAAGGAUACUAAGUGGAAAAAGUCUGAAUCUGCCCCAGAGAUCAAAUCUGAACCAGUCAUUUUUGAAAAGGUUAAGCUGCCACAGAAGAAGGAUGAGACACAACAACUUAAAGCAUCACCACCCAAGGCAGUAGAACCUGUAAUGGACUUGCUGGGCCUGGAUGUUCCCAUUGAUUGUUCUGUUCCUAAUGGCAAGCCCAGCACUAGCUUGGAGAAGGAACUGGACCUUUUUGGAUCUGUUGCACCAGUGUCUGUCUCCAAAUCCAAUCAGCCUGGUUUACCUAGAAGCUCUGGGUCCGUGCAAGAAAAUCUCAACCUCUUCCCCGAGCCUGGUGGAAAGUCUGAAGAUGGAGGGAAAAAGCAGUUAUCCAAGGAUUCCAUUCUGUCCUUAUAUGGAUCUCAGGCUCCUCAAAUUCCAGCACAAGGAGCGCUCUUCAUGGCACCAGCUCAGAUGGCAUAUCCAAAUGCCUAUCCAGGCUUUUCUGCAGUUCCAUCUCCAGGAGGGGUUAUGGGAGGCAUGAUGGCAUCCCCAGUGGGCAUAAUGGCCCAACCAGCACAUCCUGCUAUGGUUGCUCCAAUGGCAGUGCCCGCAGGGUACAUGGGCGGUGUACAGGCAGCUGUCAUGGGUGUCCCAAAUGGAAUGAUGCCUCCGCACACAGGAUAUGUAACUAACAUGGGUGCUGUAGGGCAGCCAAUGUAUGGAAUGCAACCAGGCCAGCAGCUACAGUGGAAUGUUGCACAGAUGUCCCAACAAAUGACAGGAAUGACCUUUUUUGGUAUGGGAGGAAUGGCAGGGUAUGGACAGCCUUCAUGCAACCAGGGACCCAACCAAACCCUCAGCACUCCUAUGUGGAAAUAAAAAGGGCCGCUCCCCAUGAAUCUCAACCUGCUCAACUUCUGUCAGGCUGGUCCUUCUCUCACUAUGGAUGAACAUCUUCAUUCCAUCCUGGAUCUCGCGCUUCACUUCUCUUAGUUCUGUCACCCAUUAGUCAUUAUUGUCCCCCAGAGACCCAAGGCUUACUCAGACUGGUCUGCAUUCAGCCUCAUGCCUGCUAUCAAUAUACAUAUAUUGGAGCACUAUGAGAACUUCCAGUGGAUGAGCAAAAUCUUUCCAUUCAGUGUAUUGAUUAAAAUUGAGGGGAAAAAGGGUUAUUUUGCUAUAGGGAAAAGUGGUGUUUCUUUCUACCAGCUGAGUAAUUAAUUACAGUGUAAGAGACUAAUUACAGUUCUGCACCAGCAAAACCUGAGCACCGGCAGACAUGUUUGUAUUGCUCCCCCCAGGUUGUAGUCCUCUAUCACUGUCACUUUCCCUACCUCCUGGUGCCUGGGAAUGGGAUGGCAGGUAAUUGUAAUACUCAUUGCCCCAAAACACACCACCUAUUUCUGCCAUUUUACAUUCCCAAAGCAUUGUUAUGCUUAUUAGCAUUAGAAAAACUGAUCACGUGUUCUCCUUUUUUUUUUCUGCUGAACAGGUCUAUCAAUACUUGGAUAUAACAGGGUUUGCCAGUCAUAAUCCAUCGGUUUAAACACCAUGCUUUCAUUUUGCAGCUUGAAGCCCAACCCAGAUCUGGCGGGUUCUAUUAAAAUAAUGUUGUGAUUGAACACUGUUUAGAAAGAAAAUCCCUUGUCCUUACCAUUUAUCCACGGCUGGGCCCAAGCACCGCCUCCUUUAACCACGUGCACUUAAUUCAUCUUCCAUUGAAAUGUAGUAGCCACUUUAUAUCUCAUAUUCGCUAUAUUAAUAAUGCCAGUGGCAGCUUAUCGUUUCAUUGCAGACAGGUUCGAUGUUUCACAUCACUGAAGACACUUUGGUUUUGUUUGUGAAUGUACUCACCAGCCUCUUGUUUUAAAGGGGAACUAAAUGCCUUGAUACCAAUUAAUGUAAAGUUGUUCAAAGCACUCCUCCAAAAAUGUUUGCAAUUUAUGUUCAUUUUUUUUUUUUUUUGGUCUGGUUUGUCCAGUUUUCACUGUUUAUAUAAUGAAUUUGAAAUGGCAGCCCUCCCUUCUGUUCUUAUGGCUGGCCCAUGUCCGAUUGUUACUGAGUGAAGCAUCUCCUGAUGCUCCCUGUUUUGCUCUAUCACUGGCAAGGCUAGCAGAACAGCACGGGGUGCUACUGUUUAAAAUGUAUUAUUUUAAUAGUGUAAAAAAUGCUUAUGUCUGGGGAAAAAGUAUGGGGGUAAAAAGAGUAUAAAGUAAAAAAAAAUACUACACUGAGCAUGAAUAUCUAUCAAGGGGUUUAUGUUCCUCUUUAAUGUUGUAGGACUAAAGUAAUGGCAGUCUGGUUAUAUUACCCAUCAAGUCAAAAAAAUUCCUAGUGAUUUUGAAAAUGUUUUAGGAAGAAAAUUACACAGAUGCUGUUUUUAGUAGCUCAAAGAAAGCUCCAGGCAGCACUUGCUAAGGAUUAUUUUAAAGCUGCCAUUCCUCUAAUGACAAAUACCACAGCGAAGCAUAAUGUACGUAAGGGAGGUCCAUUUGCAGAACAGGGGUCCAGUUAAGGAAGGCAUAUAGUUUUCUUGUUCGCAUGUCGCACCCCUAUCAGCUGAACCAAAUCCCCUCCAAUUAAAGGACUCCGUUUACAGUAUGGAUCUGGGAAAUUGAUCUAAAUCUUCUGAAUGUGAAAUGUUUGCACUUUCUGUAGCUUUAACAUUAUUGAUUUUUAUAUUGUUUGCUAACUUUUAUUAUUAUUUUAUUAUUUUUUGUUUUUGUUUGUAAACUGUGCUGCCAGAGUAAGCUGCCCAGCGUUGUAGAACAAGGCACCGCAGCCCUCUCUGGCAAUAGGUUACACAAUUUUCCUUUAACAUUUAAGUUAUAAACAUUUCUAACAAAUUAUAUAUAUAUAUAUAUAUAUAUAAUAUAUAUAUAUAUAUAUAUAUAUAUAUAUAUAUAUAUAUAUAUAUAUAUAUAUGUGUGUGUGUGUAUAUGUAUAUUUUCUUCUUCUUAGCAUCUGUGAACUUUACUCAUGUUGAAUGUUAGUGACUUUUUUUUUUUUUCCAUAAACUAGAGUUCUUUUAUUUUAAAUUGGUUUGUUCAAUGUUUGGAAUGGAAGUGGGUAACAGAAUCCAGAGGCAGCUACACUUCUGUACAUGUACAUUCCAAAUAAAAUACCGUCAUUCUACAUUAA